AAAGAUUCAGUUUAUUGGAGAAGAUCUGCACGAUCUUGAAAGAAGGUUUCUGUUUGUAGGAAAUAUGGCAGCACCUUAAGGGGUAAAAAAGAGCACAAGAAGACGCCCCCACACACCUCAUACCUUCCAUGCUACAGUGGGAUACAGCACCUGCCAAACACCCACCCAGCGAGACAAGCACAACUCUCUCUGCAAGUAAGUUCAACUUCUAUGUGCCUCUAAUCAUUCAUAUAUACCAUGAAUGUAUGUGACAUAUACAUAUGCAGACAUAAACACACUGUUUGCACAAGUUGUUGAAUAUAUUCUUUAUGUGUUUGUAGAACGUAGAUCAUUCUAUAACAAUAGUAUAAAUACAUGACUAACACUAGUAUUAUUGUUACCUGAGCAGGCAUUACCUUUGAUUUUUCUCCUCUACAAUAACUUAGAAUAGUGUACUUUCAUAUACAGAGAUGGCGUUAGAUUGUAAAGUCACUGCCUGAGGAACUCUCUUAUGUGUGCAAAGUUUCAGCACCACGGAGAGUGAGCAUGCUUCUCCUCAACACUCUAUAAUUCUCUCUCCUCUCUCUCCCCUUCCUUUCUAAUUCUUCUUUAUCUUUCUAUUCACAUUCUCUUCUCACUGCCAUUCACAAUCCAUUCUAGGGAUCCCCUGUGCAUCAGCUUUAUCUCAGCUUCAAUCUUUGGAGUUUAAUAUGAAGUUCCAGCUGUGGGUGUCUACAGGAAUCCUACUGGUCUCUCUCCUCCCCUGCCAUGAGUGCCGAGCUUUCAGUAAAUCCCCAGCAUCUUCUCCUGGAGCUCCCCUGCCUGCUCUGUCCAAUUCCCAGCCCUUUCUACUUCGCAUGGGAGAAGAGUAUUUCCUCCGGCUAGGCAAUCUCCAUAAGUAUUCCCCAAGCUCGUUUGCAGCCAGCCGGCUUCCCGAGGCAUCUGGCGGUAACUUUGUGAGGGCUGUACAGCAGCAACUGCAGGCUCAGCAGUGGAGCAGCCAGCCAGGGCUGAGAGCUGCAGCUUUGGAUGGAGCAGACAGCCCUUACAGUGCUCAGGAAGAGCCCACAGAAAGAGCAAAGCGUGCAGAAGAGCCUCCCAUUUCCCUGGAUCUGACUUUUCACUUGCUCCGUGAAGUCUUAGAAAUGGCAAGAGCUGAGCAAAUAGCCCAGCAAGCCCACAGCAACAGGAAACUCAUGGACAUCAUUGGGAAAUAGCACAGGUCUCCCUGCCAAAGAGUUCUCUGCAUUUAGCACAAAAGGUGAUGUACCAUAAAGCUGCCCUGAAACCAUAUUUAUUUUUUUACAGCUUCAAAGUUGCAGGUUGUGCAUCUUAACCCCUUUGCUGCUAAAGGGGCCAGCAUGGACCCAGUGCAUUCCGUUUCUGGCCCCUCUGGAAGCAAUAAAAAGUUCCCAGGAUAUAUCUGUUUUUCAGCAUGUACCAGGUAUAUUUGACUGCAGUUAAAGGCAACAUAUGUCAUUUGUAUUUGUAAAUACAGUAUAACCUUUAUUUUACUAUUCUGGCCUUUUAACUAACAAACAUCUUAAACGAUAUGCUUGAUUUGUUGAAACCUAAAGGUUUUUUCCUGGGAGGGGAAAGAACUGUUGUCAUUUAUUUUGCAUCAGAGUUUAUUGUAUACAUUUCCAUAACAAAAUAUGCUUUCAGUGCUGGCACAACUUGGGUGUGUAA